AUGGGCAAACCACGGAUGAUCAUUCUGGUGCGUCAUGCUCAGUCAGAAGGAAACAAGAAUCGCGAAAUUCACCAGAGCAUCCCCGAUCACCGCGUGAAGCUCACCGCUGAGGGACAUCGGCAAGCCCAAGAGGCAGGGACUCACCUGCGAAGCCUUCUGCGACCCGACGACACCAUCCAUUUCUUUACCUCACCGUAUCGACGGACACGGGAGACCACUGAGGGGAUUCUGCAGUCUCUAUCUUCCGAUAGCCCCUCUCCAACCCCCUUCCCCAGACACACGAUCAAGGUCUAUGAGGAACCUCGUCUCCGCGAGCAGGAUUUCGGAAACUUUCAGCCAUGUUCGGCGGAGAUGGAGCGAAUGUGGUUGGAGCGUGCGGACUAUGGUCAUUUUUUUUAUCGGAUCCCGAACGGUGAAUCGGCUGCCGAUGCCUAUGAUCGGGUCAGUGGGUUCAACGAGUCGCUAUGGCGUCUCUUCGGAGAGGACGACUUCGCCAGCGUCUGUGUCCUGGUCACCCAUGGGUUAAUGACGCGGAUUUUUCUCAUGAAAUGGUACCACUGGAGCGUAGAAUACUUCGAAGAUCUGCGAAACAUAAACCAUUGCGAGUUUGUCGUCAUGAAACUCAAUCCGGAUAACGGAAAGUACGUGCUGCAGAACCAGCUACGCACCUGGUCUGAGCUACGGAAGGAGAAGGAAGCGGAAAGACAGCAGGAAAGGGCUGCCAAAGGGCUUGGGCCGACGGCACCUUUAACGCCGUCUGACCACUCGGUGCCAAUUAGGCGCACAUGGGGCGGCUGUCCUGACGGAUGUAACCAUGGCGUGCGGAGAAAAGGCUCGGUGCGAUCGUCUCGACCCAAUGCUCCGGAUCCGCAUAAGAGACAGAACGAAAUCAGCCGAGGCGGCGCCACUCAGGAGAACAAGGUUGAUCAUCACCAAGAGCCGUCGUGCACAGUUUCCGCCAAGUCAACAAACCAGGUGGAACAACGCACGCUGACAGCUCCUGAGCCGGGGUUAGGAGAUCGUUCAGCAGAGGCGAAGCCUGUGGAGAAAACUAUUCCCUCUCCGCCACGGAGACAUGAUUUCCACAGGCAAGAUACAUCCGUGACGACCCAUGUCUCCCAUGUCAGAAUGUUAUCAAAUGAUGGGGCUGAUGGCACCGAGAAUGACAACCCUGUGACUAACAGCAAUUGCAAUGACACGCCGAGCUCCGCGAUUCCUCCAUCAUCUGGCCCAUGCCCAAGUCCGAUCCCCAAACGUCCGGGACUGGUGCACUUCCACCGCGACAGUGAGGAUCAUCUCCUCCAUCCGCCACGGUCAAACUAUGGUCUUUUUCACCUUGGUGGUCGGGACGGGGGCGGUUCUUUGAGCGGAGCGAACAGCCUUGCUCCCUCCGAGGACGAGCAUGAGAUCAAGAAACGCGCUGUCCGUCGUCCUCUCCAGCAUCAACCCAAAUCUUCCCAGGAUUUUGGCAACGACGGCGACGACGAAGGCAGCGGACAGCAUCAAAAGUUACGUCGAUCGCGAUCCCACAAUCAUCACCAUCACCAUCACCACCAGUACCACAAUCACCGCUAUAAUCACAAUCAGACCUUACCCCCGGGCAGGCGACAUCUCGCGCAACAGGUAGCCAUCAACCUGACUGAACGAAACCAAAACGACCAUGACUACGACGGUAACGACGACUCUUCUAUCCAGAGCCAGAACGAGACCCAGUUACAGCAUGGAUACCAACAUGAUGACUACGAUCACGAUCACGACCACGACCACGACCACGAUCAUAACGGCAACAGAACCGACGACAUCGGCGAUGACUCUACUUUUGAAGCUCAACGAAGAGAAGACCAAAGCAUCCGAGGAAGCGUAUACUAG